CAGCUGUUUCACACGCACGUGGAAAGGGCGCGCCAAAAUCAAUUUGUAAACACAGUCUACCGCCGGUAUUCUGUUAUUUCUAGGCAAACGAAGGAAUUUUAGAGAUGGGCGAGGAGGAAAAUGUCGAGGAUUUGGCCUAUACACAGCGUCUCAAGGCUGCAGUGCAUUUCACCACAGGGCAGAUCUGUGAGGAGCUUGGGGUUGAAUUGGACGUAACAUUCUCAAGGCAAUUCAUUUCGGCUCUUGCAGAGACAACCUUCAAACAAAUGGAAAACUUUGCUGGUGAUCUGGAAGCAUUUUCACAGCAUGCCAAACGGUCAACCAUCAAUCCUGAAGAUGUCAAACUACUGACGAGGAGAAGUAGAGACCUUAAUGCUCACAUCGGUACCCUCUGUGCGAGGCAAAUAGCAGAAAAUGAUGCCGUGAAAGAGAAGAAGAAAGGAAAGAGCAAACGAAAAGCAAAACCAGUGGUUGAACUUGAAACAUCAGAAGAUGCAGAAUGAUAGAACCAUGUAAUAAGAUCCAAGUGACUUGCGAUCUACGUGUAAUACACCCGUCAAAUUGAUUCUGUUUUGGAAGCACUUUCCUGUUGGGACAUUUGACAUCUAUAGACAAUUCACUGUUAUGAGUACAUGAUGCCAUUGUCUGUGACUGACCAAACAGUGAUUUGGCUGGUCAGAGCUGUAAGCCCUCUUCUGAUGUUCAAUGGGCAAUCCAACCUUUGGUAUGAAUUUUCUUUUCAUAAAUUUACCCGGUAUUUGUAUCACAACAUUACUGAUUCAGCCACUUUGAAAUUCCCUUUCAAAAAUGUAUCAAAUAUUCUUACGACGUCAGGUUUCCUUCAAAAUUUCUAGUUUGUUUCAAACACCUAUUGAAAGUUGUCAAGUGGGAUUCUAAAUUUACAGGUAGUCUAGCUUCUCAAUAGAGUCGGGGGUGAAGUGUGACGUCAUCAAAAAAUCUAUUUUUGGAAUUUCUCAAUUUUUUCUUCAUUUUCCGGAGAGCAUCAAAAAUAAUGUCCAAAUGUUGAAGA